CAAGAGAUAUUAAGAAACGACUUCGCGCGACAACAAGGAACAACUUUUCGCUCCACGAUGAAAUUGCAAACAUGUUUGCUACUAUCAUUCGCCACGGCGACCCAAGUCUGUGCAACAAGUACGCGCCAAGCACCAGCGGUUGCACCGGCCACGAAUACGACUGCAGAGAAUACACUGACUCCUAUGCCUACCACAACGAUAACGAAGAUGCCAGGAUACGAGACAACAUGCAGCGCUAAGCUCAGCCUACGAUGUGAUCAAUAUUUUGGGGCAGAAGUGGACAUGGACAAGAAAUGCUGCGAGUAUGAUGGCGAAUGUGGUGAUUCCGGUUUGCCUCUGUGCUCUCAUGUGAAUUGCUGUACCGGCACGGAGGAAGACUCGUCUCAAGUAGUCCAGUCAAAGGAAAAAGCGUGUGACUGUGCCGGAGCGGUGAUCGAAAACAAAUGCUACAAGACGGUACAAGAGGCAAUGAAAGACAGUGAAUACAACGACACAGUCUACAUCGGAGGCACUAAAACUAUAGAAGAGCCGAUCUAUUUUUCAAACAAACUGAUCACGGUCGCUGGUGUCAUGUGUGACGGCGUGCGAGCCAAAAUCGUAUCGGAUUUCGACUCCAAGACUGAAGCGGCAUUCGAGGCAACUCGAUGGGAUCAAACUAUGUUGUUCCGGGAUCUAGAUAUCACUGGCGUGCCUGGUAAAUCUAGUGCGGGCAUUCACGGACUAGGAAAUGAAAAUGACGCGAGUAACCAAUUGGUAGAUUUAACUCUGCUUAAUGUGCAUAUAUACGAUUUAUGGUGCCAGCGCGUGGGAUGUGGCAUAUUCCUGGGAGGUGCGAAGAGGCUGUACACAGAUGAAGACUGUGUAUUCCGAAAUAUUCAAUUGAUGUCUUCCGACGAUAGUCUCUAUGCCGGAGGCGCCGCCAUUGGUGUUGUGUAUUUGCCUGAAGACCAUACCUUGGAAAUACAUGGUACAUUCACAGACAACAUAGCAAGCUACGAAGAAGGAUCAAUUCACAGUGGUGGCGGUGCUGUCUACCUAGAUUAUGUGGCGGGCGAUGCGCUUCUUGAUGGUAAGUUCGAGAACAACACAGCAAACCAAGGAGGUGCCGUCAAUGUACAAGUUAACCACGGAAAUCUCACCUUCGAUGGACUUUAUAAGUCUAACGUAGCUAUUGACGGGGGUUAUGGUGCACGUGCAGGCGCAGUUCGUGUUUCGUCGCUGCGUGUCAACAGUUUCACGCAGUUGAAAGGUGACUUUAUAGGUAACAUCGCCCAAGGUCGCGGUGGGGUGCUGGCAACUAAUUCACAUCAGGCUUCAUCCCAUAUGCUGCUUGAUGGGUAUUUCCACGCGAAUGCUGCAGCCGAAAAGGGUGGUGUUUGGAAUUUUUGGUCUGGCAGCACUAUCUACAGAGGUUCUACAGUGAUGCACGACGAUGCUACUUUCACCGAGAAUACUUCGGGUGACGAAGGGCUUUCCAACCUUUUUUUUAUUAGUGGCUACCCUUCAGCGAAGAAGAGCAUCCCCAAAAAUCCCAGUGGAAAACUCACCGAGGCCGAGUGGAAUGGGGAAACAACAGUUGUGUAUGGUAAUUUCAGCGAGGUCGUGUUAUUGACGGAGGACAGCGGUCUCAGUGAAAAGGAGUGGUUUCACUACUCACAAUCCCUACGUUUUGGUGGAUAUCUACCCGAUGUUACAUACGAGGACUUAGUGAUGGAGGAGAGAAACGCCUCGGCGGCCGAGAGAUACGCCGAAAAGAUUUUAGCCUUGGAAGAGAUGUAUGUCAACAAAACAGAGCGUGCGGAGUUUUUGGCAGAAAUCGACACUUCCAGAAUCUUGGAUAGAUACGAGAACGCAACUGAAAUAAUCUCACAGCGUUUCGUGGAACACUCGGAGAAGUACGAUUCUAGGUUAGCCAACAAGACGGAUAGCAUCGCCGAGACUUACAAUGCCGCCAUAGAGAGGAGUGACGUCCGUUAUGAUAACAAAACAUCGAUUGCUAUGGAAGGGUACGAUGCCAAGAUACAAGCUGCACACGAUGAGCUUGCACUGAACAACCCGGAAGCUCUGCAAGCGGAAUUUGAAGCUGCGCAAAUCGAAAUUCAGGAGCGAUUCGAAACUGUUACGGCCGGCAAUGAGAAGCGGCUAGAGGAGAGUAUUCAGAAAGCCGAGAUAAACUUUAUUGACGCAAAAGAGAGUUAUGAUAAUACAUACAGUCUUAACGAAGGAAAAGCGGUCGCGCGCUACAACGAUAGAAUAAGCGAGGCUAAACAGAAAUUUAUUGCUGAUGAGGAGAAGGCGUACACACGUAGUGAUCCUACGGAGGCUUUGAACACAGCCCAGGCCAAAUUAGACGAGCGUUUGCAAUCUGCAGAGGAAAAAAAGAUGGAGGAACUCGAGGGAUAUGAUGAUACACGCCAAGAGAGGAUUGAGGUCGCUCAAGAGAAAAAAGAUGAUGCUAUAGCCACUGCACAGUCUAAAUAUGACGAAUUGAAAGAUGAGCCAGCUGAGAAACGGGAAGCAGACCUGGCUGCAGCAGAGGAGCGUUAUAACAGUCGCAAAGGACAGGCUAUCGAGAAAUUCGACGAAAGAGUGGAAGAUGCAACGGCCAAGAAAGAUGCGGACAUGGCUGCCAUUGAAAAGGUACGUGAAGAGCAAUUGGCCGCGGCAGAGCUCAAGAAAGAGAAUUCGACAUCCCAUUAUAUGGAGGAAACUUAUGAGCCCACCAUGUCAGCUGCGCAGGAGAAGUUUGACGCUGAUUUGGCUGUUGCCGAGGAGAAGCGCAAAACUGAUCUGGCCGCGGCUCAGACCAAGUUGCUAGAGAGACUGGAGGAAGCUGAACUCAGGAAGGCUUUCAUGCAGAAAAAUGCUGCUGUGUUGCGCGAGAAUAUCCUGGCUGGUAGACCAUCGAUGACUAAUGUUCUACAAUGGGUUCAACCCGUCAGUGAGGAGGAAAUACAGGAACUAGGACUCGUGCUUGAAUCGAAUGGCUCCACUUCCAAAUCAGACGACACCAACCUCGAGUCAGAAGAUGCGAAACCGGAGUCAGAAGACAACUCGGAACCGGAAAUCAUUAAGCCCGAGAGGCGGUGAACGAGCCCAAGAUUUAAAAUAUAAACUCUUGAGGUCGACGAAUACUUAUGCCGUGGAUGAAUACUUGGUAUACUUAAAGUUGCAUGGGGAUGAAUAACUCUGCGACCUAAACACUGAUGUAGAUACUAAAAGUUUAAUGCUUUCCUUUGCUAGGAUUUCCAAAUAAAUAAAUCGGAUUUAAAAGUUGUUCACUGGGAAUCGUAAACCACAUAUAAAGCGCGCGUGCAAAUGGCUACGAGUCCAGAGAGACGGGGCUGGAACAGACACCUAAUACUCAGUAGGUGGAUGAUACCUUUAUGACUCGGACAAACAGCGACCAUAAGGUUUUAUGAC